UCAGAUAUUAGAGAUUAUAGAUUAUAGCAAAAAAAUUAGGAGACGCGCCCGGUCUAUAGCCUCUCUCCUCGGCGUUCUCGGAUUUCUCACCUGUUACAACUCCGUCUGCCCUUCCGACAUCGUUCCUACUUCCUACGUCGAACACAUUGAAGGAACGCCACCGCCGCCGUUCCUGCCAUGGACUUCCACAUGAACCACGGUCAAUCAUCCCCCUCUUCUUCAUCCGCCGCCUCCGACCCCAACCCUAACCCCUCCUCCGGCAAUCACAACGACCCGAUGCAUUCCUGGUGGGAAUCCAUCUCCAAGGCCCGCUCUCGCAUCCUCUCUCUCUCCUCCGUGCUCCCUCCGUCGUCUUCACUUUCUGUCUCUUCCCUCGCUGACUCCGACCGUCCCGCCCGCUCCCUCCUGGCUUCCUCCGCUGCUUAUGAUGCCCUUUCCGAUGUCUUGUCCUCCCCCAACUCCGGCUCUGGUUCCGAUCCCCUCUGCCAUUGGCUCUACGAUACCUUCCACUUCUCCGAUCCCGACCUCCGCCUUGUCUCCCUCUCCCUUGUUCCCCUCCUCGCCGGCCUUUACCUCUCCCGCGUCGUCUCCGAUUCCUCCCCAUCCCUCGCCGGAUUCGAGGCCGUCCUCCUCGCCCUCUACGCCUCCGAGACCAAAGCUCGCGCCGGCAAGCCCAUCCACAUCUCCAUUCCUGAUCUUUCACAGCCUUCCCUCUAUCACACUCCUCGGACCAAACCAGCUCCCGGUGCCGCUCCUGCCCCCGUCCCCUCCCCCCAGUCCAGGUCGUCUGUAGGGGUUGUUUCGGCCCCGCUCGAGCCACAGAUGGCCGUGAAAUCGACUAAAAGAGCUUGCAUUGUUGGAGUGGCGCUGGAUUGUUUUUAUAAGCAGAUCUCUCAAAUGCCUAGUUGGUCUAAACUGGAGCUAUGCCAAUUUGCCGCGGCGUGGGCUGGGCAGAAUUGCCCUUGCAAGGGUGAAUUCGAUGAGUAUGAAAUGGACGGGUUUUCCAUGGUCAGAGAUAUAACAGUGGGAGGUGAUGAGAUUGAAACCAUGGUUCAAGAAAUUCAGAACUUGGAGAUUGGAGAAGACAACACGAAUUUGGGAUCUAAAGGUUCAAGAAUUCCGCUUCCUUGGGAGCUUUUGCAGCCGAUAUUGAGAAUUCUUGGGCAUUGUUUGUUGGCUCCUUUGAAUUCACAAGAUGUUAUGGAUGCUGCAUCCGUUGCGGUAAGAUGUUUGUAUGCUAGGGCUUCUCAUGAUUUGGUGCCACAGGCAAUCUUGGCAACAAGGAGUCUAAUUCAACUAGACAAGAGAGCGCGCUCAGCUGCAAAGGCUGCAGCGACAAAUGCCUCUAAUGCUAACACACCAAGCAAAGCUAAGAAACCUGAAAUUCUUUUGGUUUCAAAAUAACUGGUGGACGCAAUGCAGGUAAAGGAUGACGUGUUGUAUAGUGAAUUUGUGGUAGCGCCAUGGCAUUGAUGUUUAACUAAAGAAGGAUUGUUUGAAAUUUGAUCUUGUUUUGUAUUUGUAUGUGAAAAUUUGUGCAGGCGGCACUUGAUCAUUUGAAUCAAUGUGUGUAUUUAUUGUUUGAUAGAUCUAGAAAGCAUGUGCCUUUUUCAGUUAGGAGUUGUUUAUGGAUGUGCCUUACGGGGGAUUUGUUAUUGUUUUAUUGUGUGUGUAAAUAACUUGGUGUUUCUUGGAUUCAUGGCGGUUGGUUAAAGGUCAUUGCUUUUAA